AUGGCGGGCUUGACGGCGGCGUUGAAGUUCACCGUGCGCAGGCGACCGGCAGAGCUGGUGGCACCGGCAGCCCCAACGCCACGUGAGCUGAAGCUCCUCUCCGACAUCGAUGACCAGGAGUCUGUACGUCUCCACGUCCCCGCCAUCCUGCUCUACCGGCGCAACGAGGCCAUGGUCGGCCGGGACCCCGUGCAGGUCAUCCGGGACGCUGUCGCGAGGGCGCUGGUGCACUACUACCCGCUCGCCGGGCGGCUCAGGGAGGUGGACGGGGGCAAGCUCGCCGUCGACUGCACCGGCGAGGGAGUGCUGUUCAUCGAGGCCGACGCCGACGUCCGCCUCGAGCACUUGGGUGAACCUCUGCUGCCGCCCUUCCCGUGCCUCCAGGAGCUCCUGUUCGACGUCCCCGGCUCGUUCGCCAUCGUCGACGCGCCCCUCAUGCUCUUCCAGGUGACGCGGCUUGCAUGUGGAGGCUUUGUCCUGGCCGUCCGGGUGAACCACACGAUGGCGGACGGGCUGGGGAUGGUGCAGUUCGGCGCCGCCGUGGCGGAGCUAGCGCGGGGCGCCCUGGCGCCGACGGUGCGGCCGGUGUGGGACCGCGAGCUGCUGAUGGCGCGCGACCCGCCGCUUCCGAGCUUCGCCCACCGCGAGUACGACGAGGCGCAGGGCACCGACGACACCGUCACAUCGCUCGACGACCUGGUGCACCGCUGCUUGUUCUUCACGCCCCGCGACGUGGCCGCGCUCCGGGACCUCGUCGACCCGCCGCAGCUGCGCGCGAGCGCGACCACGUUCGACGUCCUGGCAGGGUGCCUGUGGAAGUGCCGCACGGUGGCGCUGGCCCCUGAUGCCAACGCGGAGAUGCGGAUGAUGUGCGCCGUCAACGUCCGCGGCAUCAGGACGGCGAGGGGCGGCGGCGGCAUCCCCAGGGGCUACUACGGCAACGCGGCCGUUGGCCCGGUCGCCGUCUCGACGGCCGGCGCUCUCUGCGCCAACCCUCUCGGCUACGCGAUCGAGCUGGUGAAGAAGGCCAAGGAGGAGGUGGACAUGGAGUACAUACGGUCGGUUGCGGAUCUCGUUGUGCUACGGGGGCGGCCGCCCGUGUCGUUCGUGCGCACGUACGUGGUGUCAGACGUGAGGAAAGCCCCGGCCGCGCGCCUGGAUUUUGGGUGGGGCAGGCCGGUGUACGGCGGCCCGGCGGAGGUCGGCGGUGACCUCGCCUGGGUUGCCAGCUACUUCGUGUCGGUUACGGACGCUAGAGGCGAGGAAGGCAUCGCUGUGCCGGUGUGCCUGCCCCGACCCGCCAUGGAGAGGUUCGCCGAGGAGAUGGGCAAGCUGCUCCAGCGCCCGCUCGUCGACGUCGCCGUGAGGCAGCAGCCCAGGUCCGCGCUCUGAAUCCAACCAAACCUGCGCACACGGGCGUAGUGAUGGAUCAAAUAAAAACGUCUGUUAAUUUCCUACCGUGCUACUGCAAUAAUUUCCUCCCCUGUCGAUGAACGUACAAAUGUCGUUUGUGUGGAUUUUGGUUGUUCUUUUGGAAGAGAAAUGAAACGGUCAAAGCUUGU